AUAUACUAAAAUUUAAAGAGUAGACAACGAUUUAAAAUGGUUUAUUGACAGGCUGACAAAAUGUAGGUCAAGAGGUUGUUUACAUUUUUGAGGGAAAUUCACGCGCUAGGAAAUGUAAUACUUUGUAUUACAUUGGAAGGAAAUGUACAAGCGUAUGUACGCUUAUCAAGCAAGCGCGGAAAAUACUGCCAGCAAAUUAAAAAUAGCACGAAGGUGCUAUCAUUCUAGUUAUGGCUUUCAUUUUGAAUGGACAAGAAGAAAAAUUUACGGAGUCCAAAACAUUAUUAGAGGAUUUGGAUUAAUACUAACGUUAGCACUGCACUGGAAUAAUUAGUUGGAUAUCUAACGCUGAAUUAUUUCUUCUCGUGAGCGACCAGCGGGAUUAUACUCGGGUUUUGGGCUGGCCUUUGUCGUUGGGCCUGAUUAGAAAGGAGAGUCCAUAUCAUUAUCAACUUGAACUGUUAGUGUUAGUGGCCUUGUUCGCAUCUCUACUGGCAGGAGUACGUUGGCGAUCAUGCCAAAAGCGAAGAAGAAAUCCGUGGCCGGGAGGAAGAGGGGUGGUGAGACGGCGCCCAGGGCAACGUUACCUCCAAGUCAGGCGGAGAAUCCGAGAGCGGAUGCAGCAUUACCCCCAAGUCAGGCGAGGAAAAGUCCGAGGGCAAGGGCGAAGGCAACGUCAACGCCUGUCGGAGUGGGCCCCAGCGGCGCCGACGAUCAGGGCGGUGAGUGCAACCCUAACAUAGCUAGUGGCAAUGAUGUACCUGAUACCAGUACUGGUAGGCGCGCGGCCAUAUCAUGGCGGGAGAUUAUCGCGCGAGAGUCGGUGCCCUCUGAGAGGGAGCAAUCGGAGAUUUCAUUGCAGGCUCAAUCGGUUGGGCAGGCUUCAUGCGAGGGUAAUAUGGCGGAGCGGACUGCGCCGCCAGUACCCCCUUCCGUGGUGGGGUCACCGGUGCCGUUUAUGAGCGCGGCUGAUCCGUUGGGUUCCGAAGUGGCAAUGUCGCUCAAGGAGAGAAUUUGGAGGAGUGAAUUUAUUGAUUUAGCCUUGCUUCUCAAACAGAAUGCUUAUGCACGGAGUGAUAGUGGGGCAUCCCAAGAGCUAGGUGAAGCCGUAUUUAGUCUGCGGCAGUCUGAAUCUGGGCUCGGGUUGCAAUUCCAACCUCGGGCAAAGAAUAAAGGCAUAUUUUCGGUGGAGCAUUGGACAUCCGUCUUCCUGGUGUUCGUGUAUAUUUAUUUGGAGAAGCACAGCGAGCGAAGCAGAGAGCUCAUCAAAUAUAUGGAUUUGAUUAGACACGCUUCUAGAGCAUUUGGGGGCCUUGGGUGGAGAGAGUAUGACAUACAGUUUAGGCUAAAGCAAGCGCGACUGCCCGGGCGAUCUUGGGCAAGCGUGGAUGCUGAAUUGUGGUUGAUGGUGGUCUGCUCGGGAUGUGCGUAGAUGGGCUUUACUAUUUUGACCGUUGUUUGCCAAUGGGCUGUUCCGUUUCUUGUUCUACUUUUGAAUGUUUUAGCACUUUUUUGGAAUUUUGCACCCGCAAAGUAGCGGAGUCACAGAAUAUUGUACAUUAUUUGGAUGAUUACUUUAUAUCUGGAUUAUCAUUUUAUCUGCGAUCCGCUGGAGAAAGAGACGUGACACAGAAUUUUGUGAUUGCAAGAUUAGUCGAGGGAUGCAAGCGCCGCACAUCAAGGAGAGACGCUAGGCAUCCUAUCACAAUACCCGUUUUGAACCAAAUGUUGACCGAUUUGGAACAUGUUUGUGUUAGC